AUGUCGCCGCAGAUAGAACUGGAAGUGCACUCAGUGGCGCCCGACGAACCCAAUCUCAGACUCUACGCGACCCUCUCACAAAUCUUCUCCAUCUGGCUGAACCCAUUCCAUGUUUUACCCGUCAUGCUGACAACUAUCCUGGACCUUACGACUGACCCGGGAGAUAAGAACCUGACGAAUGGGGAUAAAUCAUUCUAUUAUAUCACGAUGCAGGACGAUUUGUACCAGCCGACUGAGUAUAUUAAGUUUGUACUGCCGCAUGCAUUUGUUAUGUUUAUCUGUAUCAUUGGGGAUUUUCUCCUUAGUUGGGUCGAUGAGAAGGGGUAUAUUCCGAAUUUUCUCCUACAGGGCGGGAAUCCGGUCUAUGAUAUUGAUAGGAAGGUGUCGGAGAUUGAGUCUGAGUCUUAA